UUCCUCGGCAUCUUUUGGUGCAUUGUCAACUGUUCAAUCAGGAUGUAUAACAACAGUGAAGAGAAUCCCAGGUGAUUUGAGGGGUAUAGCAAGAGAAUCAAAUGUCAUUUUAUGGAAACAGGGCCAUACAACUAAUGGGCCUUGAACAAAUCGUAUAUACAUAAAUUACAGAUGACCUUAUAAGAAACAGUACAGGUACCUGCAUUAGCGUGACCUUUCACCUUUAACCCUGCUGUCAUGGAAGACGCGAUGUUGGUGCGUACGGACGGGAAUUCUCUGCUCAAGGCUGUGUUCCUGAGCCGACUGCGUCUGACACGCCUGCUGCUGGAGGGAGGUGCUUACAUCAACGAGAGCAACGAGCGCGGCGAGACGCCCCUGAUGGUGGCGUGCAGGACGCGCCACACGGACGCACAAAGCGUGCCCAAACACAAGAUGGUUCGGUAUCUGCUGGAGAGCGGAGCUGACCCAAAUAUCCAGGACAAGACCGGUAAGACGGCCCUGAUGCAUGCCUGUUUGGAACAGGCGGGGGCAGAGGUCCUCUCUCUACUGCUGGGGAGUGGAGCUGACCCCAGCCUGGACGACCACUCUGGCUUCUCUGCACUGGUCUAUGCCGUCAACGCAGGGGACAAUGAGGCCCUGAGAGUCCUACUGGAUGCCUGUAAGGCCAAGGGCAAGGAGGUCAUCAUCAUCACCACGGACAAGCUGCCGUCAGGACGCCAGAUGACCAAGCAGUACCUGAACGUACCCCCGCCUCCCGACCUGGAGGAGCGCCUGCAUUUCACCCCUGGCUCUGCUGCCUGCCUCAUGUCCCCCUCAGAGAUCCAGCUCCGCACCCCUCCACAGGGCACCUCAGCCACUGCCUCACCCCAGCCAGGGAGCCCCCUCCUGGGCCUCAGGGAGCACCACCACCAGGGUGGUGGAACAAACAUGUCUGGUUCUGCUGGUUCUGGUUCUUCUCAGCCGGGCUCCCCGACCAGGGACCCUAACUUGUUUCGAGGCCCCGGUCCUGGGGUGGUGAAGCUGUUCCAUCCCCAGCGGCUCCACUCUGAGCCCUGGCUGCAGCAGAACAAGGCCUCCAGCCUGACCGAGGAGCUGCUGGAUAUCACCCCAGAGGAAGAGCUCUCCUUCCGGGUCAACAGCCUGGUCCUCUCUGGGUCCGGAAGGGUGGGGCCCGGGGCACAUCCGAUCGUCGCCCGCCACCAAAGUAUCGACCCCAAGGAUGCCACGGGGCUGCUGGAGCAGGUGGUUGAGAGUGACGGAGGUGGCGGGGUAGGAGGAAGAGGAGGCCUUAGUAGGAAGAUGUCUUACGACAGUGCUGCAGCUUAUUCCCACCCAAACCUCCUGCACCGGGGGGAUGGAGGAAGCUAUGGAGGCUACCCCUGUGGCACCCAUGAGCCUGUCCUCCCCGUAAACAAAACCUCUCCAGACUGUUGCCUUCCCAACCUGGCUGUGUCCAGCCUGAGGAAUGUGGUUCGCCGCCGCAACAUUGGCAUAGACCAUUACAGCUCUGACUCCCAGCUUCCCCAGUUUGGCAGCCACAGCAGCCACCCAGAGAAUGGAGACUCCCCCAGGGGUGUUGUAGGGGGAACUGAGAAGCGUAAACUGGUCAGUAGUAGAUCCUCCACACUGUCGGGCUCCCGGGAGUCCCUGGAGAGUGCUGCCCAGAGAAGAGGUCCUGCAAACCUGGAGAGGAGAGGCUCGGGGGCCCUGCUCCUGGAUCACAUCUCCCACACCCGUCCGGGGUACCUGCCCCCUCUCAACCCCCACGCACCCAUACCCGACAUCGGGGUCAGCCCCACCUCAACCUGCCCCAGCCUGAGUGGAAGCACCAAGGCACUGAAUCUGAACGGGGGUGUUGCAGGGCUGGGAUCAAAGCCUCUUGUCCCCUGUGCUCCUGCCACCCCCAGAGAUCUGAAGUCAAAGCAGACACUGCUGAGGAGACACUCCAUGCAGACAGAGCAGAUUAAACAGCUGUUCAACCUCCAGGAGAUAAUCCAUGCAGACAGAGCAGAUUAAACAGCUGUUCAACCUCCAGGAGCUCUUUCGGCCAAUAAGACGAACGAUGCUAGACUGAUCCCAGAUCUGUUUGUGUCGUCUUGUCCCUGUUACUCCUUGGCAAAACAGCACAAACAGUUCUGGGACCAAAAAAAGGUUGCAUUUUCUUUGUGUCUGGCUACUGUGUGCAUGGCUGACUGUGAUCGCUUCCUAUGUCAAGCAUUGUUGCUGCUGUGUGACCAUGGCAUUGUUGCUGCUGUGUGACCAUGACGUCGUGCUGCUGUGUGACCAUGGCAUUGUUGCUGCUGUGUGACCAUGGCAUUGUUGCUGCUGCGUGACCAUGACGUCGUGCUGCUGUGUGACCAUGAUGUUGUGCUGCUGUGUGACCAUGGCAUUGUUGCUGCUGUGUGACCAUGGCAUUGUUGCUGCUGUGUGACCAUGACGUCGUGCUGCUGUGUGACCAUGGCAUUGUUGCUGCUGUGUGACCAUGACGUCGUGCUGCUGUGUGACCAUGACAUUGUGCUGCUGUGUGACCAUGACAUUGUGCUGCUGGGUGAACCUGAUGUCAUGCUGCUGUGUGACCAUGAUGUCAUGCUGCUGUGUGACCAUGACGUCGUGCUGCUGUGUGACCAUGACAUUGUGCUGCUGUGUGACCAUGACAUUGUUGCUGCUGUGUGACCAUGACAUUGUGCUGCUGUGUGACCAUGACAUUGUGCUGCUGUGUGACCAUGACGUCGUGCUGCUGAGUGAACAUGAUGUCAUGCUGCUGUGUGACCAUGACGUCGUGCUGCUGGGUAACCAUGACAUUGUUGCUGCUGUGUGACCAUGACGUCAUGCUGCUGGGUGAACAUGAUGUGGUGCUGCUGUGUGACGAUGACAUUGUGCUGCUGUGUGACCAUGACAUCAUUAACAAAUAACUACCAGAAGACUUAUUGCUCAUCCCAGCUUUUUCAAUGUGCUUAAUUACACUUAUUUUGCCAACCAGACUUGUCAUUCCAUCAAGCUCAUGAGGGAAUAAUGAUUGGCACAUCAGAACCAUUGAGAACACGCCAGGAAACAGGGCUGAGCUCUUCUUUUAUUCAUUAAUCGAUCGCUCUCCGUUUGAAGCCUGAGAUGCAGAAACUGCAUGGCACAACAGACAGAAAUGCUUUUUAAAAAAAAUCUAUAGUUACAAUCGCAAUAUUAUUUUGGGACGAUAUUACAUCAAUUCUCUUUGCCUGGUAGCGUUAGCUUGCGCCAGUCGGCUGUGCCAACGCCAAAACUCUAUUUUUCAUCCCAUAGCUUUGUUCUCCAUCGUCUUAUUAAAUAGUGUUUAAAACAACAUGUUGUCAUCACUUUUAUUUCCAUGACGUCUCAUAAAGAAUUUACCCAUGGCUCUCUGGUCUCUCUGGUCUCUUUGGUCUCUCUGGGCUCUCUGGUCUCUCUUGGCUCUCUGGUCUCUCUGGUCUCUCUGGUCUCUCUAGUCUCUCUAGUCUCUCUAGUCUCUCUGGGCUCUCUGGUCUCUCUGGUCUCUCUGGUCUCUCUGGGCUCUCUGGUCUCUCUGGUCUCUCUGGGCUCUCUGGUCUCUCUGGGCUCUCUGGUCUCUCUGGGCUCUCUGGGCUCUCUGGGCUCU